AUGUCGGGUGCCUUGCUGAUACAUGGGAUCACGUCUGUGGUUUGGUCUUCUUGGAGGUCUCAGCUGUUCUCCAGAUUUAUCAGCUGCUUUGUUACAAAUUGUGAAUGUUUAGAUGUUGGUACGCCGAGUGUGAAUGUGACCGUGAAUUCAUCCAACUCCAUGUCUAACAUCAAUGCCCCACAUAUAGCCCCACAGAUGAUCAAUCAAGGGAUCGGGUACAUGGCUCAGCCACAGCCGGCUUACCUGCCUCAGCCACCGGUCGCCUACCCGCCACCGCCACAGCCAGGCGGGUACCCCCAGCAGCCUCCUCACAACCCACAAAUGGCACGAGCUGCCCCUGAUGCUCCACCCCCUUACCCAGGGGGACAUCCGGCACAGUAUCCCAAGUACUGA